AUGCCAGAGCUAGAGGACAUGACUCAUGGAAUGACGCUUGGACUUUACUUCGGCCUCGGUAAUGCGUUAGCUGAACAGAAAAACUUCCUUUCGGUGUUGAAGCGAUACAGCAACAAGCGCUUCAUCGAUGUUCGUAUUGGAUUCAGAUCAGAUACGGAUGCAAACGCUCUGUACAGGGCUCAAGUCGUCGUCAACCAACGAAAAUACUACGUUGUCGGCACUUACGAUCAGAGUAGCCCAAAUAUCAACACUGCGUUUGACGCGUACGACUGUACAGAAAUUUUUAAAGGGGACGUCGUGAUUUUCUUUUUCUCGGUGUACGGCUCGGAAAGGUUUUUGGAGUCCAUGCCGCGUUAUCCGACUGGCCAGGAGAAGGAAGCGAUUCGAAGGGUCCUAACCGCGUCAGUAAACUAA